UUCACACAUGCAUUUAACCUCACAACAUUCGUAUUUAUUACAGAUGUCUAUAUUUCCGCCGACGCCGCAGACGUAAAGUAUACAGUCUAUGUGUGAUUUUAGUAUGUCUUCAAACAUAAAAGUUUUUAGCUUUAAUUCAGUUUCUGAUCAACACUGAAGAAAAGCGCAACGCUAUAGUGGAAAGUGAAAAAUUAACAUGUUGAUUGACGAGUCACUGAACGUAGCUGAGAAGUUAAAUUCGGUUUCGGGAUUAGAGUGUUUUACAUUGAGCCAAGUAGCCGACCAUGGUGAUGCCAGUGAUUGUUGGAUAAUACUCUACGACAGAGUAUAUCGGAUAACGGAUUUUCUUGAUAAGCAUCCUGGCGGGAAAGACCUCUUGCUGGAGUAUGCUGGUAAAGACGCUACAUUUGCGUUUCGGGGAACUGGUCACUCUGAAAUGGCAAUAAAGUCACUGAAGCAGUUCGAAAUUGGUGAAUUAAUUUCGCAACAACAAAUUUUUCGCAAAAAUGCCACCAUUUCCGUUAAAGAUUUACCUGAAUAAAAAGUGGAAAUAAAUUUGUUGAUUUUACGUUU